UUGUGUUGACACAUUCCACGAUAUUGGGAUCCUAUUAUCACCAUCUCGAGUUCGUGAAUGUUACUGGUUGCCGUUAGUGUAUUGCACCAAUUUUCCGACUUUUUGAUAUAACUAGACUUUAAAAACUUCCUCCCAGAUUGUGCUUUAGUUUUAAUCAUCUAGAAUUCGAAUAUUUCUGCGCGACUUUUUCGCAACUCGCAUCAGUGUUGAUGUUUUGUAAACGUCUUAUCUGGGUCAACAAAUUAUUUGUUUUGUGCCUUCAAGCACACGCGUCUUUCUAGCCCGUUUUGUUAAUUACAUCUCAGUGGUUUCGACUAUGUACUCAUGAAUUCGACCUAGAGGAUGACGAAGAAGUUCGAGUUUGAUUGGCACAUUCCAGUGCCGGAGCCACUUCUAACAGGGUGCGUCUUCGACCGCUGGACUGAAGAGAAGGACUCAUCAGAUUUUGAACCGAAUUGCAUGUUCAAAGUCGAUGAAUAUGGAUUUUUCAUUUUCUGGAAAAGUGAGCCUAAAGAUGGAGAUGUAAUUGAAUUAUGCCAAGUUAGUGAUAUAAGGGCUGGAGGUCUGCCGAAGGACCAACGGCUUUUGAAUCAACUGACAACAAAGCAUGGUGAUAAAUUAGAGGAAAAAAGUCUAACCAUCUGCAGUGGAACAGAUUAUGUCAAUAUCAAUUGUCAGCAUGUCAUUUGUCCGGAUGCUGCCACUGCCAAGGAUUGGUUAGAUGGAUUGAGAAAAAUUACACAUAAUGUGAAAGCUAAUAAUGUCUGCCCCUAUACAUGCUUGAAAAAGCAUUGGAUGCGGCUGUGUAUGUUGGUGGAGCCCAAAGGAAAUGUACCCGUGAAAGUUAUUUCAAAAACAUUCGCCUCCGGUAAAACUGAAAAGUUAGUCUAUCAGUGUUUAUCUGAUCUAGGAUUACCAAGUGGCAAGAAUGAUUCCAUAGUACCAGCUGAUUUUACAUUUGACAAAUUUUAUGAAUUGUAUCACAAGAUCUGUCCAAGAAAUGACAUAGAGGAACUCUUUCAAUCCAUCACUCAAGGAAAAGCUGAAUUUAUAAACCUAGAACAAUUUAUUAAUUUCCUCAAUGAAAAACAACGAGAUCCAAGAUUGAACGAAAUCUUAUAUCCUCUUUACGAUGAAAAAAGAGCUACUGAAAUUAUCAAUACUUAUGAACAGGCUGAAGAGUGCAAAACUGAAAAGAAACUCUCGAAAGACGGUUUGAUCCGUUAUUUAAUGUCUGAUGAAAAUGCACCUGUAUUUCUGGAUCGACUUGAUUUUUAUAUGGAUAUGGACCAACCUUUAGCUCAUUACUACAUCAAUUCCUCCCACAACACAUAUUUGUCCGGACGACAGUUUGGUGGAAAAUCCAGUGUUGAAAUGUACAGACAAGUUCUGCUUGCUGGCUGCAGGUGCGUUGAACUCGACUGUUGGGAUGGGAAAGGGGAAGACGAAGAACCCAUCAUUACUCAUGGGAAGGCCAUGUGUACCGAUAUCUUAUUCAAGGAUGUGAUUUAUGCUUUGCGAGAUACAGCUUUUGUUACCAGUGAUUAUCCAGUCAUUCUAUCCUUUGAAAAUCAUUGCUGCAAAAGUCAGCAGUACAAACUAGCAAAAUACUGUGAUGAAAUUUUAGGAGAUCUUCUCAUGAAGGAAUGUUUACCUGAUUAUCCGUGUGAACCUGGUGUACCAUUACCCCCACCAAGUUUGCUGAAACGAAAAAUUAUGAUUAAGAAUAAGCGCUUGAAGCGAGAAGUGGAGACGCGAGAGUUGGAAUUGUUCAGACAGGGACAAUUCGUCAUCGAGGAUGAGGAAAAAGAAGAUGCAACAGCGGCAGCUCCACCCCCGGAGGAGAAGAAGGCAGAGGAAGCCGAGGCUGCAGCAGAGGAUGCCCCUCCUGUGCCCGUUCAACACACAGGCUCAACUACCAACGUCCAUCCGUGGCUAUCAUCCAUGGUCAACUAUGCUCAACCUAUAAAAUUUCAAGGAUUUGAUGUUGCUGAACAUUUCAUGGCUGCUCUGUCUGAUCCUCGAGCUUUCUUAUCAGCCCAAGAAAAGAGAGCCCAACAAAUGAAAGCCAUGGGUAUCGAAGAAACUGAUAUAAACACCAAAGACAUCGUGGCUGGUGGAGGCGAUGGAGCAGCUGCAGGAGGAGGCAAAAAAGGCAGUAAGAACAAGAAAAAUGAGGAGAAGAAGAAAGAGGAGGAGGAACUCAAGUUCGAGCCCAUUACGCUGGAGUACCUGCGCAAUGAUAAAGGCUUCAAGAAGACUGGGCAAAAACAGCAAAAAGAUCUAGAUGCACUUCGCAAGAGACACAUGAAGGAGAAGGUGACAAUGCAGAAAAACCAAAUUGCAGCAGUUGAGAAAAUUACAAAAAUGAAAAAGAGUGCUGAUAUGUCAACUGAUAGCUCAAUUCAGAAGUUGGUUCAGGAGCAGACAGUACAGUGGUCAGAGCUGGUUGAAAGGCAUAGAAAGGAGGAAUGGGCUCUGUUGAAACAGCAAGUUCAGGAGCAGCAAGAAACUUUAGACAAAUUAAUGGAAACCAUUCAAGCUAACCAGCUCAAACAAUUGGAGAGUAAAUUUGAAAGGGAUUUAAAAGAAAUGAACGCCAGGCAAGCCAAGAUCUCAGUAGAAACAAUGAAAGAGGUGCAAAAUGAUAAAACUUUGCGAACGAAAGGAGAGAAAGACAGGAGACUGCGAGAGAAGAAACAGAACAAUACGAAAAAAUUUAUGGAGGAGCGAAAAUUUGCACAGAUGAAGCAAGUUAAAGAAAAGGAGAAACUAGCAGCAAAACAUGACAAGUGGAAGAAAGAUCUUGUCACAGAAGUUAGUAAUCUUUUGGAGUACUACAAAAAUGAUGAGAUCGAGUAUGAACUAUCUCCUAAAGUUGAGUUCUUCGCCUAAAUCAGAGGCUCCAUGCUAAAGGUGUUGAGUUACUUGAUCCUGUGUUAAUAGUUUAUCGGUAAUUAUUUGUUAUUUUGUUAAACUUAUGCAACUCUAGUCAAAUUUAUCUAUCUUGAAGUUAUUUGUAUUGAAUAUUUUAUGCAGCUACAUAUUUCAAUUGAAAACCUAUUAUAUUGCAGAACUUUGCGAUUAUUUCAAUUCUAGCCUCUACACAUUUCUUUCUAUGUCAUAUCAUACAAAUAUUCUGAAUCGCUAGUUAUAAUACGAGAGAUUAAGAAGGACCUAGGCAUUUUUAUUAAACUGUCUUAUUUAUAAGUAAAUUAUCUUUCAACUUCCGGAACACCCUCUCCCCACUCAAUAUUCAUUUGAACCACCCAGGAAUAUUGAAUGAAAUACAUACUCAUCUUUCAAUUGUCUUUGUUUCACAGAUGUAUCCUUAAAAUUAAAGACAAGAAAUAUUGAUGAACAAUCUCCUUGAGCAUUAAUAUCUUCAGUCAGGAGUUGUUGUGACGUAGGAUUAAUGUCUAAAACUCGUGUCAUAUAAUUGGCAGUUGUUUACUUUGCGUUUACAAGCAACUGCGCUGCCACUGUCCAAUACCAAUUGAGUAUAGACCAAGUGUGACAAGGAUACUGUGGUGCCGCUGUGCGCAAAUACGGAAAACCAGUACCUUCCUCUGAGGGGAUAAUACUAAAACUGUCUGAUCAGUCAAAAGUUAACAACUGCCAACUUAUCUGAUAUUGUUUCUAAUGACAAGAUUAUGAUACAUACGGUCACUCCUACAAAAAAAUGAUGAUCCAGUAAAAAUUAGAAAAAUCUUUCAAUGAUUCUUCCUGGAUGGUUUCUGAUGGUUUGAAUGAGAUUAUUGGUGACUUGAAGUAACAUUCUCACUUCUUUACCUUGACAAUACGUCAAUGGCAACCAUGCUGUACCUCCUUUGACACACAGCAGUCAAAUUUUUGUCCAUUAUUGAGAAGGUAGUUACGUCUCAGAUUUUAAUGACGAUUCGAAGGGGUAAAGACUCACAAGCAUGUCUCAAAUUAUAUUCCAUGUAUUUUUUAUCAACAUAUUUGGCAUUAAUUUUGAUUCUCUCUUCAAUCAAGCAAAUUUGAAGCAAUGAAAAAGUUGUAAACAUCAGUUUUUUGGUAUUGUCAGACGAAAUAGAAAAAAAGUAUUUUUACAAUGCUUAAAUCCAAUUCAAAUAAAUUUCAUCAUUAUAAGGAACUGUUGACAUUAUAUCAGUUAAUAGAACAUUGUGCGCUGACCUGUCCCAACAUAUUAUACUCAAAUCUCUGAAUGUAUUUCUCAUUACAAUGCAGUCAGGGAUGUAUUCAGUGUUCUCAAGAAUGAAAAAAUGCCCAUAUAGUAUGAGAAUCACCUAUACUGGAACGAGUAGCGUACGGACAUCAAGUAUCUGGAGAAAAGCUUUCCCUAUCUUAAGGUUUCCAUACACCUGUAAACGAGUGCAGUAUGCAUGUUUCAGAUGAGAACUACUUUUUUUAUAACUUUCCUUCAGUUGAAAUCAUGAACUUGAUGGUCGAAAAAGAAAUUAAAUCUAUUUUUUAUCUUCCUCCCCCUAUACUUCAUUCUUGUAGACUCUUGGGGACACUGAAUGUAUUUCAUUAGAACAAUAGAUCAUACGCUUCAUAGUGUUUGCAUUCUCUAUCAGUUCUUGAAACUUGUCGACUGUCUGUACGGUCAUGGUGGUGUAACCAACAAAGGGUAGUAGAAGAGCUUGGUGACGUUUGCUACUUCAAGUAGUUUUCCCAGCAAGAAAUUGAUGGGAAGCUGUCGAAGAGUUAGAAUAAUUUUAUAACUUUUCUACAACUUUUUUAUGUGAUGAAGGCUACAAAGGGAAUCAUGCCGAGAGUAAUUUUAUGCCAAAGAAAUGCUUGUUUUACAAAUGGUUUGUCUGAAUGAAAAGGUCAAGGUGUAUCUUCUUGAAUUCUGAAGUCUAUCAUAUUUUUAUCGGAUGUAUAUAUUUUAUUAUAUGGUCCAAAUAUUGAGCCUUAGCAUUUUAACUCUUCAUCGGAGUUGAGUAGAAUAGUUUUGCCUUUCGAUAGUGCAAAUCUGGAAACAAAUUGUGUAUCUUCAAACAUUUUAUUUUUAUUUGAAUAUUUUUAGUUGACCUCUUUAGUGUUUAUUUUUGCAUCACAUGUUGUCUUAUCUCAUGCUGUGAUUAUAAAUGUAUUCCUUCUUAGCAAAAUUUCAUUGAAUCAAUGAAAGUGGGAAGAACUCUGUUAUACUUUCUUUUAUCAGCAAAAUUCUCUUAAAAUUAUUUCUCGUUAUCCCUCCCAAAAAUUUGUUUUAAUUGAAUGAAUACUCCUCUUUUGUUCCCAUUCAUCUAAAAUGUCAAACUCUUCCGUGAAUCUUUGUAGAAAAAGAAGAACCUAGAAAGUUAAAUUAUAAUAGAUAAACUUUAGAGGGUGCUUACAUACUUAUCAACUUAAAUGCCCUACCAGCAGUCCUUAUUAAUUAGUAUUGUUAGUAUGUAGACAGUCCAUUAAUUAGAAAACAUUAUUUUUUUCCGUUGUUUUAACUACUUUGCUCUUUCCUACUAUCAAAUGAAGGCUCAAAUUCUCUCCUAAAAACAAUUUUGAAAGCGGUUUGUCAUGAUCUCUUCUUGCAAUUAAAGUCUUAUAGACUCAGACUUUAGAUCAGCAGAACUUCGAAUUUGGCAGUUUGAGCCAGGAAUUUUAGAUAAGAAAUCGAAAGGAUUAAAUAUUAUGUAAGGUGUACUUAUUAAUAUUUAUACAAAUAAGUUUUAAAAACAGAGAAUAAAAUUAUGAUUUUUUAAAAAAAGCAAUGUCAACUUCCAAAAACUUAAGUGUCAUUUCCAAAAUUUGUGGUUGUCUGGGCACACAUUUUAUUCCUUUCAAUCCUAGCAUGUAAAUCAAUACUUCCGGUCAAGCUUGACACUUCUUCCCCUAGUGAGGAGGUAUGAAUAAGUUUUUACUGACUCUCAAACUAUCAUAUUGCAUUUACCGCUUCACUUUUUUCAUUUUUCUUGGACUGUUUGUGUUCGUACCACUCAAGUAAACUGAUCCCUUUUUAUGACUAAGAAAAAGAAAUUAAAAAGUUUCUACCGCAUUUUUUACUUUAGAGUCGUGCAAGUUCCAAAAAAUCUGACGAAGUUGCAUUUGAUAAAUGAUGGUUUGACAGAGGAAUUUUAUUUAUUAGGUAAAGGAGAUCUGAAAAUAAAUCAUUAUUUUCCACUAAGUAUGUUAUAAUGAAUUCUUGGUGGUUCUCAUUGUAUGAGUGAGCAUUAAAUAUUGUUAGCUCACUGUGUUAUGAUUAACCACCUUCAAAGUUUUCACUCUGUACUUCCUAUGACUUCUCGCUAUUUGAGGUAGGGGGAAAAUGAUUAAUUUAAAUAAGUUAGGCAUUUUCUAUCUAAAUCUUUAAUCUCGAAAAAGCUUUAAAUUUUGAGCCUUGUAAUAAAAAAUCGUUAUCAUAUUAUAAAAGACUAUUUUUGUUGUUAAGAGCCAAAGAACAGCAACUACAUUUUCACCAAUUUGAGAAAUCUCGGAUGAAUGAUUCGACAGUUUCAUUGCCUGCAGCGUAUUUUGCAAAUUUAAAAACCCUAUAUCUUGAGCGUAGUGUUGUAUAUGAUUAUCAAUUUAUUUACAUAAAUGAUCUCUGACUAAAUAUGUCGAGAGUGAUGAUACCUUAAUUUUUUCAAAAAAUUUUAAGUAGUUACGUUUCUUUGGUUCUUAAUUACAGAUUUAACAAAGCAUUUUGCUUCAGUAGUAAGAUUUUGUGCAUGAGUGAAUAAAUUUUCAAUUCAGCAAGUUCAGUUGAUUAUAGGUUCCUAUAUUUUAUUUAAUUCAAUGUUUUGAGUAGCAGCUGUAAUUUUAGUUUCCUUUUUUUUCUUUCCUUUGAACACAAUUUCUGAUUUGUUCUUCCUGUUGACUUUAAGUUUUGAUUGUUUGAUGUGCUGGUGAAGAGUGAGUAGCAUUCACAUUUAUUACAGAAUGUAUUAAAAUUUAAAAUAAUUACAUUGUGAAAGUCAAAUAUUUUUGCCUACUAGGCUCUAAAAUUAAUGUACCUUUUUGUUUUAAGUUACAUUCCAGAUUGCUUAUAGUUGUAAGGAACCCCAUCCUGAACUUGUAUGUCCUUAUCUAUAUUUUUUAUCUUAAGCACCCAUCCAGCCGAAUGAAUUUAGCGGAUGGAUGGUCAAGUUUCGUUUUAGUUUUCUGAAAUGUGGAUAAAACUGGUUUCUCUAGUCCCAGAAUCAAGCUGUACUCUUAUAGCUCAUUGCUUCCAGACAUUAUUCCAAUCACAGUAUGAAGCUCCUCCAUCUUACAUAAGAUUUUAUUUUAUUGUUUAUGUCACUUUCAAUCAACAAAAAACUGCAGUCCUGAGUACACUCAAGGUUAAGUCGCCCAUUUACGGCUGAGGAAGGGCUCCCAGGAAAGAUGUUCAUAGAAGAUUCAUCUCAUCACAGCGAAAUAAAAAUCUUCUAUCACUCUCUGCAGAGCCUGGUGGCUUUCAUCAUCAACUCUUUACUCCUAUUAGAAAGUUAUGAUGGUGAAACCUCCCAAACCAUGAAUCUCGCUCUGCAACAUGUCAGUUUUUCUGUAAUACUCUAUUUUUUAAACAGAGAACUACUCAACGUCAUUUCUUCUUUUUCUUCCCUGUGCGAAGCAUAUCCUAAGAAAACAAACUUCCAGAAAUGAUUAUGAUUUGUUUACUUUUAUCAUCAAAUAAAACAGAAGUGGAGAUUUUCAAGUUCGGCAAAGGAGAUAUGUGGUUUGGAAGUUUCAUCAUCCAAAAGAACUUUUUAAAUCCAAGUACCUAGGUACCCGUAGGCAGUAACAUGCAUCCAAGAUAUACCAACACUAAGUUGGUUGGUACACAAAGUUAGUAAAAAUCCGAGUUUCCAAAGGAAUUAUCUUCUAAUAUUUCUGACAUGUGGUUCAUAACUGUCUUUCAAUAUACGUCACUGAUUUUUUUUGACUGUUUAUUAUUGAAAUAUGCUUCAAUCUGUGUUUGUGCCUGUGUCUCGCUUGAUGUGACUGAAAUUUAACUUUCUUUUUAAGUAAUUCAUGGUUUACUAGAUCUGACAGAAUUAUCAUUCCGGUUUCACAGGCUUAACCUCUUAUAAGCAAAAUGUCUGGAAAAAGAGAUGAGAUGUUUUUAAAGUUUAAGUUCCUCUGGUGAAUUUUCUGUUUGAUUUUUCGUAUGUAACCGGACAUGUUUACCAUCAACAUAUGAAAUAAAUUAAGAAUGAUAAUCUUUGUAUUGUAAAUUUUCCACCCCCAAAUUUUAUGUUCUUAUCAUUCUUUCCGUUCACUUUCAAUGAUCUGUCAUCGCAUUACCUACAUUUGUGCCAGAUUUUCAGAUUCAGUUCUCUGAAGUGUUCACGCAUCCUAAAUUUUAAUUGAUGUUGGAAUUAUCUUUGGAGCUAUGUAAACUAGUUCAUCCAAAGUAGAAAAUUUUAUUUUAUGUUAUUUGUUUUUAAUUUAAAAUAAAAUUUUGUCUUGUUAA